GUGUCUGGUUCCUGAGGUCCCCAUAGGUGACCCUAAAUCAGCAGGGCAGCCUGGGCAGGUCACUGUCCAGAGGAUGGCGAUUAUCCCAGGAAUCCCAGGCAUCUCCCAGGGCCUCUGGCAGCUGCCCUGGGCUGAGUCACCCCACAACCAGGACAGCCCCAAGCACCGAGCCACUCUUCAAAGGGCCACUACACUCUCCAUGGAGACCAGCAGCUCCUUCCAACAGCUUGGCAUGCAGCAGCCCCUCGAGCCCCCCAGGCAGCAGCUCCUGGGCUAUGGCAAGUGCAGCACCACAGGCAGUGAUCUCGGCAAAGAUUCUGGGAAAGCUGCUGGGUGCAGUGGAAGCAGCGGGAUCGGGAAGGGGCCAGUGCCAAUGGUCUGCAGCACUCCAUGCAGCGGGAACCCCUACGCGGGGCUGGUGAGCCACCUGCGCGCAUCCUGGCUCUCGGGGAAGACACGGCCCAUGGAAUACCGCGUGGCACAGCUGGAGGCUCUGGGACGCUUCCUGGAUGACAAGAAGCAGGAGAUUCUGGAAGCCACUGAAUUGGAUAUGGGCAAGCCAUCCUUUGAGGCUUUCUUCAGUGAGAUCCUCCUCUGCAAGAAUGAGCUCAAUGUCACCCUCAACAACCUGUCCCAGUGGAUGAAGGAUGAGCAUGUGGACAAGAACCUGGUGAUGCAGCUGGACUCUGCCUUUAUCCGCAAGGACCCCUACGGGGUGGUGCUCAUCAUAGCGCCCUGGAAUUACCCCAUCCAGCUCUUCCUGGUGCCCCUCAUCGGGGCCAUCGCUGCCGGGAACUGCGUCAUCAUCAAACCCUCAGAGAUCUCCAAGAACACAGAGAGACUCAUUGCUGAAACACUGAGCUGUUACCUGGACAGUGACUGCUUUGCUGUGGUGACCGGUGGCGUGCCGGAGACCACCAGGCUGCUGGAGAACAAGUUUGACUACAUCUUCUUCACUGGCAGCCCCUCGGUGGGGCGGAUCGUGAUGACAGCUGCUGCCAAGCACCUGACACCGGUGACACUGGAGCUGGGGGGCAAGAACCCCUGCUAUGUGUCUGACACCUGUGAUGUGACCAACGUGGCGCGGCGCGUGGUCUGGGGCCGCUUCUUCAACGCGGGGCAGACCUGCAUCGCCCCCGACUACCUGCUCUGCACCUUAGAGAUGCAGGAGAAGCUCAUGCCUGCUUUGCGUGAGGCCAUCACUGAGUUUUUCGGCCCCAACCCCCGAGAAUCCCCGGAUUUUGGCCGCAUUGUGAGUGACAAGCAGUUCCAGCGCCUGCGGGUGCUGCUGGGCAGCGGGCGCGUGGCCAUCGGGGGACAGACGGAUGAGGCCGAGCGCUACAUUGCCCCCACGGUGCUGGCAGAUGUGCUGCCCUCAGACCCUGCCAUGCAGGAGGAGGUCUUUGGGCCCAUCCUGCCCAUCGUCGUUGUCGCCAACAUGGAUGAAGCCAUUGACUUCAUCAACGCUCGGCCGCGGCCAUUGGCUGUCUAUGCCUUCUCCUGCGACAGCAAGAUAGUGAACCAGGUCCUGGAGCGGACGAGCAGCGGAGGCUUCUGUGGCAACGACACCCUGAUGCACUUUACACUGACCUCGCUGCCCUUUGGAGGCAUUGGGAACAGUGGCCUGGGAAAAUACCAUGGGAAGUUCACCUUUGACACCUUCUCCCUCCACCGUGGCUGCCUACACCGGAGCAUGGGGCUGGAGACGCUCAACACCCCGCGCUACCCCCCCUACACCCAGCAGAAGUUGGGGCUCCUCACGACCACCUUUGAGGUGAAGCGCAGGGGCACCUGCACCCUGCUCUGAGGCUGCCAUGCCCUGCUCUGAAGAUGCCACCAAGUCAGCGGGAAGAACUGGAACUGUCUCCCUCUUCAUCACACUCCCCUCUUCCUCACUGUGUCCUUUGCCUCACUGGAGCAUGUCGGACAGCCGGGAUGGACAUCCCCUCCUGCACCCUUGUGGCCUCUGCUCCAAACCGUUUUCCAGGACACAGCUGAAAUGACCAAAAUCUUUUUCUUAGUCCAAACUUCUCUUUCGGUUGGAGAAGCGCUCCCAUCAGUCCCAUCUCCCCUCACACGGACGUUUCCUUUGGAAUGAACCUCUCUCCCUCCUCGCUGUUGUUCUUUGCUCCGUGUAACUCUGCCUGUAGUAAAGACUUUGCAUCAAACUCUC